UCUCACAAUCUUCACAACACAAACACCUCAGAGUUUCCUCUCCUCUUUUAAUUUAAUUUAACAAAAAAAUAGUUUUAACUUUGUCAAUAUGGCGCCGACAGUUAAAACGACGGCGUUUAAAACUAACGGCGCCGACGGCGGAAACAAAGAAAACCGUUACAGAGGAGUGAGAAAGAGGCCGUGGGGUCGUUACGCCGCGGAGAUCAGAGAUCCGACCAAGAAAACACGAGUCUGGCUCGGUACUUUCGACACUCCCGAAGCAGCGGCUCGUGCCUACGACAAAGCAGCUUUUCAGUUCCGUGGGGCUAAAGCCAAAACCAACUUCCCUCUUCCUUUCUUCGUCGGCAACGAGAGCCCUAGCCAGAGCAGCACCGUGGAGUCACCUUCCUCGAUACCUGAUCUCAACCUCGGAUCCAUCUCAUCCGUUGAUUCAAGAUUACCUUUCCCCAAGAUUCAGGUUAAGUCUGGAAUGAUCGUGUUCGAUGAAGAAUCGGGGAGGAGUGAGUCGGACUCGUCGUCUGUGGUGGUGGAUCUAAGUUCAGAGAAACGACCACGAGUGUUCUUGGAUUUGGAUCUUAAUCUCCCUCCCAAGCCUGAGAAUUAGUUCUUGAAUUUAACUGUUAUGAAUUAAAGUAUUUGAUAAAACUUAGAAGUAUUAAGUUGGUGCCUUUUUUUUUGGUCAGCAGAAAGUUAAAAAUAAUUUUGUGUUUGAGAACGGUUUGUUCUCAUCACCUGUUGUUUAUCAGUUUAAUUGUAAUUUUUCUUUUUUAAUUUUCUGAUCAACAAAAAUAAUAAGUUUGUUUUGGCAUCAA